AUGUCGUCCAGGGCAGAUGUCGAGAAGCAAAUCAAGCGAAAUCCACAUCCAGAUUUCAAGAAAGUGGAAGGUAGCCGAGCUCCUUGGGACAAGUCGCUAGAAUGGAGCUUGAAGCAAACAGUCAAACCUGAUUGGAAAUUCGGAGAUGGUAGCAAUGACGGGGGCGCAUGUCUGAAGGUUCCACAUGUAGAAAUCGAUCCUUAUGAGGAAGGCCGACCCGCAGUUUACAAUUACAAAUUAUUGAUUUCUGGCAUCAUCCCGCGUCCGAUUGGAUUCAUCAGCACGAGAUCGAAAGAUGGAUCUAGCACAAAUCUUGCGCCAUUCUCGUACUUCAAUAUGGUCAAUCACGAUCCUCCAAUGUUUACGGUAGGGUACGCUGGAGGAUUCGAUAACGCGAAAGACUCUUUAAAAAACCUGACAGAGUCGGAGGAAUGUGUAAUCAACAUUAUUUCCGAGCAUUUUGUAGAAGCAGCCAAUGCAACCUCCAUCAAUGCGCCAUAUGGUGAGAGCGAAUGGGCGCUGAGCGGUUUGACACCUGCUUCUUGCACAACCGUUAAAGCGAGCCGCGUUCAGGAGGCAAUCUUCUCAAUUGAAGGAAAGUUAAAUAGCACCCAGGAAUUUGAAUCUCGCGCCACCCCAGGAAAGAAGACUGGUGUUCUAGCUGUCAUUGAAGGUACACGCUUCUGGGUUCGAGAAGACGCCAUUAACGAGGAUAAGAACAUCAUUGACCCAGCUAUUUUGAAACCAAUCAGUAGGUUGGGUGGUAUUACGUACGGCCGAACGACCGAGGGGCUCGAAAUUCCUAGACCAGAUUAUAAGGAGACGGUCGAGAAUAAUGAGGAAGCUAAGAAGUUUGUGAAAGCGAAAGUUGAUGGUCAAUAA